AUGCCCACUAAGGCAAGCCGAGAUGUGCAUACCAUGGGUGGGGGAGAUAAAGAGCACGAAUUCGAGUUGCCUGCAUUGAAGCUGGCCCAGUUGCUGAACUGUAGAGACAUCGAAUUGGAGGGAUUGGGAAUAGAGUAUGUUAACACCAAGGCGGAGGAUGGAGAAAGCACUUUCCAUGCGGCUUUGAUUGCUGAGGUUAUAGAUGGGCGGACUGUCGACUGUGUUCCGCUGACGAGCUGUGAGGACCUUGACUCGCGAGUGGAUGAUGAAGAGGCGAGGAAAGUUCCGUCUGUAAUCCUUUCACUGAAAGUGCCGUCAAAAACUUAUGUGGACCUCGAGAGCCCCCCGCAGAGUAAAGUAGGCUAUGUGAGCCGGGGAGUGAGGGAUGUAGAGGCAAGGCAGUUUCAGCUUGCGGGCAUAACCGUGCCAAAGGCGAAACUGGAUGACACACCAGUGACGAGUGUAGGUGGUUCUUCGUCGUCGAGGUCCUACGGCAGCGAACAUCUGGAUGCAGCGGGGGAGCCUCUGGGGGUGGCCGCUGCAGCUUCGCUUGCCGACCUCGUGCUAGGAGGCAGAGCAACUGUACAGCUGUUUGGCAAAGAAAGCGUCGCGGGCAUUGCAGACUGUUCAUGA